AUGGCGGCGCCCACGUCCGUACGUGACGUCAUCGGGAGGCGCCGCGCGACGAUGCUGGAGACGCUGGGCGGGCGCGGGCUGCUGCUCGUGAGGGACAGCGCCGGGUGCGAGGGGCGGAGCCUCCUGAGGGCGAUCGCCAGCGAGGCCGUGGCCAGGGCCGAGCAGGUGCUCGUGGUGCUCCUGGAGGUGCCUCGGGAGCAGUUCCAGGAGGGGCUGAGCCCCCCGGUCAGAGAGCAGCUGCACUUCCUGGACCUUUUCGGGGACCCCCUGGGCUGGCUGGGCCGGGACCCCCCAGGCCCGGGGGGGCUCCUGGGGGGGGUCCUGGGGGGGCUGCCCCUCCCCCCGCGGGGGGUCCCGGACCCUCGUGCUGGACUCGCUGAGCUGGGCCCUGCUGCGGGAGCCCCUCCCCCACCUCUGCCGGGGGCUGGGGGCGCUGCUGGGGGGGGGGGCCCACACACGAGCCCCCUCCCCGAAUUGUGGCUCUGCUGCACCAGGACCUGCACCCCCCCCCCAAUUUUGGGGGCUCUCGGGGGUCUCGCCCGGGCCCAGCUGAUCCUGGGGGGACCCCCCGAGACCCCCGGAGCCCCCCGGAGGCUGAGGCUGCUCAGGGACCCCCAAAAAGGGGGGGAACCCCUCCAGGAGACCCUCACCCUCCUCCCCGACGGCUCCUUGGGGGGGCCCCCGCCCCUUGGGGACCCCUCCCCCAAUUGGGGAGACCCCAAAAAGGCCCAAAAAGCCCCAAAUUUGGGGGGGCCCCCCCUGACUUUCCGCCUGGGGCUGUCGGGGGCCGAGCGGGGGGCGAGGGCGGCCCUGACCCCCCCGUACCUGCCCAG